CAAGCAACUCAAAAUCACAUUUCAGCAUUUACAAGAUCCCCGCGUCAAGAACCCCAAAGAAACCCUAGUGAGAAAAACAAAAAAGCCAUGAGACGAGCUUUGCUGAGAAAUCUCACAAACUUGACUCGAAAUCAAUAUCUCAACAAUUUUAAGGAUCCACCUAAUUUUCAAUCUUUGCACCUAAACAAACCAAACCCAGAUGCUAGAUUUUCAUUAUCUUCACCCAUACUCUCAAAGUUUCGAUCUUUUUCAUCUGAAAAUGACAAUAAUGUUGGCUCUGUUUCAGAGGAAAGUAGCUUAGAUGAGUCCGAGAAGAAGAAGCUUGCUGUUCUUGAUGGCGUUGAAGAUGUCAGUAAUAAAGAGCUGAAAGCACAGAUAGAAAAGUAUUUUAAAGGUGAUGAAGAGGCGCUUCCGGAUUUAUUUGAGGCAGUUCUAAGGCGGAAGUUGAUUGGCAAACAUGAGGACACAGAUGAUGAGCUGCUGGAUGAGUUUCAGAUGCAGCCGUUACAAGACGUGAAGGACAAAGACUUUGAAUCUGAUUUCGAGGAAAUGCACGAGACUGAUGAAGAGAUUGAUGAUUUAUAUGAUGCAAUGGAUGUUGUUAAGAGUAAAAUGGCUAAAGAUGAGUUAUUUAACAUGGAUGAUAAGAAAUGGGAUGAGAUGGUUAGGGAAGGGGUUGAGCAGGGGAUUCUCAAGGAUACAAAGGAGUGUGAAGCAAUUUUGGAGGAUAUGCUCAAUUGGGAUAAGCUCCUUCCAGAUGAGAUAAAGAAGAAGGUUGAUAAGAAGUUUAACCAAAUAGCGGCUAUGAUGGAAGCUGGUGAAAUUGGGGAGGAAAAAGGUUAUGAGCUUUUUAAGGAGUAUGAGGAUAAGAUGGUACUUGAAUGUGCUAAACUGAUGGAGACAGAGGGUUCCCUGCAGUUUGAUGACACUAAUCCAGACACGAAAAAGGACACAGAUGAUCCACCAGGGGAGGGUCCAAUCCUCAGAUGGCAAUCAAGAUGUGUCUUUGCUCCUGGUAAUGAUGCAUGGCAUCCUAAAAACCGAAAAGUUAAAAUGGGAGUCACUGUGAAGGAGCUUGAACUCAACAAACAUGAAUUCCGCCGUCUCAGGGAAUUGGUCGGAAAGCGAUACCAUCCAGGGAAAGAUGAGCUAAUGAUAACUAGUGAGAGGUUUGAGCAUCGGGAAGAAAACAGGAAGGACUGCCUUAGGACUCUAUAUGCCCUUCUCGAGGAGUCUUAUAAAGCUAAUAAAUUGGUACAUGAUACCCGAACUUCAUACGUCAAGGAAAGGCUUCGAGCUAAUCCACAGUUCAUGGAGAGGCUGCGUGCCAAGACACUGCAAAAAGGAGCUUCGUUGCCUUCAUAGUCCUAGUCAAUUACCUGCAGUUACUUCUACUACUUUUCAUAUAAUAUAAAGGGACACUCAGUUUCUAAUGAGUAUUUUUCUGUUUGACCUGAAUUACCUCAUUUUCUGUGGAGUGACAGCUGAAGAAGAUAAAAUCUUAUACAUUGCACAUUUCAAGUUGAUUCGUAUACAUUGAAACAAGCAUCGUCUCCUCAGCUGCUAAUAAGCUUAGUUAUUAAUACAUGUUUCCUGUUACACGGCUCAGUGUUCUUGCAUGGUUUGCAUGAUAUUAAAGGAUUUGGGCAAUCCAUUUUCUCUUCAAAGUCUACAUUUGGAGAAGCUGUCUUCUACAUUUAUGGUACAGUGUUGUAGCUGAAGCACCUGCUUGUUCUACCAAAUUGUUUGUUGACAUAAAUUGACAUGUGUUGUGUGCAUGCCAGUGCAAAUGUGCUGUUGAAUCGAACAAGUCCUUGAUGUUUCCUGGUAACUUCGAGCUGACCAUUAAUUGAUCAAGGAGUUGAAUGCAAGUUUUGACAUUUUCUUA